AUGGAGAAACCGGCUGUUGAAUUCAUCUCUGAUUGUUUUAUCAAACCGAAACACCUUCUUCCAGAAUCAAAUCAGGUGAUAUUCUUGUCACCAUUUGAUCUUGCAUUAGCCUUUGUUCAUUAUAUGCAGAAAGGACUCCUCUUCGCCAAGCCUCCAUCAUUCGAUCAGGAUCAGAUGCAGGAUUUCCUGUUGAAACUGAAAAAGGCUCUUUCUUUGAGCCUUGUUCAUUUCUAUCCACUGGCGGGUCGUCUUGAAACAGUUCAAUUGGAAGAGGAUCCGCGUAAUCUGGCUGUUUAUGUGGAUUGCAACAAAGGACCUGGCGCGAGAUUCGUUCAUGCAUCAGUAGCCUUGAGCUUGUAUGAUAUUGUUUCGCCAACUGAUGUUCCAUCAAUUGUGAAAUCAUUCUUUGAUCACGAGGAUGUGAUCAACUAUGAUUGUGGAGACCAGUCUCUGCUAACCAUUCAAGUCACUGAGUUGACUGAUGGCAUUUUCAUUGGGUGCUCCAUGAACCAUAUGGUUGGGGAUGGAACAUCUCUGUGGCAUUUCUUGACCUCAUUUUCUCGGAUGUUUAAAUCCAUCGGGAGUGGUACUGAAAUCGCCUGA